AUGGCGAAAAAGGAGAAGAAGAGAAAGGGCAAGAAAGGCAAGAAAGGCAAGAAGAAUGCGGAACCCGUAGAGCCGAGUAGGGACGCGGGCUGGGAAAAGGCAAUUGCUACCGGUCGUUGGGAGCGGUCCGUUUCCGUCCUCCCCGACCCCGCGCUCUGGCCCACGUGGCAGGCCCUCAGGGAACAAGUCCUGGGGGCGUGCACAGAGAUUCAUGUGCACUGGGACGACAAAUUGGGGGACGCUUUCGUAGCGGAGCUCGUGCGGCUGGCGAGCCCUAAGCUGACCCGUCUGUCCCUGCGCGGCUCAUCUCUGCUGACACGUGUCGUCCUCUCGCCGCCGUUCCCCGCCCUCACGGACCUCGACCUGUCCGCAUGCGCAAAUCUGUCGUACGUCCUUGUCCAGUCCCCCACACUCGUCAGUGUCAACCUGUCCCUCUGCCCCAACCUAACCACCGCCUUAAUUCAAGCCCGGGGCAUGACUACCCUGCACCUGGAGAAAUGCCCCGAGCUGAAAACGCUUAUGGUCUGGAGCGACCAGCUCACGCAAGUAGCGCUCGGGGAUAGCCCCCGGUUGCAGGACCUGAAGCUGUACUGUCCACAACUAGAGGGGCGGGCGCCUACACCGCCACAGAAGGCAAGCGCACCGAAACCGUCAACGGGACUGAGUGGCGGCUUCUGA